AUGGCAGAGACAGACCAGGACCCUCUCAUUGCACUGGAGACCAUGGAUGUGUCUGACAGUGAUGAGGACUAUAACGAGAGAACAGCCCUGGUUCCCUCAGAGACCCCAACUCUGCAGGGCCCCGAGAGAGAGCAGGGGUCACCAGGCCGACAGGGCGUGGCCAGGAGGGGGGCGGGGCCUGAUGCUGCUGCCUCCUCAUUGGACGGAGAUCAGGAAGUGGAGGAGGAGCUGACGCUGAAGUACGGAGCCAAACAUGUGAUCAUGCUGUUCGUACCAGUGACGCUCUGCAUGCUGGUUGUCGUGGCAACCAUCAAAUCUGUGGGAUUCUACACCGAGAAGACGGACCAGCAGCUGAUCUACACUCCGUUCAGUGAGAACACGUCGUCCGUCGGGCGCAGACUCCUGAACUCGGUCCUAAACACCAUCAUCAUGAUUAGUGUCAUCGUCAUCAUGACAAUCUUCCUGGUGCUGCUCUACAAGUACAGGUGCUACAAGUUCAUUCAUGGUUGGCUGAUCCUGUCGUCCCUCAUGCUGCUGUUUUGGUUCAGCUUCAUGUACCUGGGGUCAGUACUCUACAGACACAGGCUCUACAGACACAGGCUCUACAGACACAGGCUCUACAGACACAUGCUCUACAGACACAGACUCUACAGACACAGGCUCUACAGACACAGGCUCUACAGACACAGGCUCUACAGACACAGGCUCUACAGACACAGGCUCUGCAGACACAGACUCUACAGACACAGGCUCUACAGACACAGGCUCUACAGACACAGGCUCUACAGACACGGGCUCUACAGACACUACAGACACAGGCUCUACAGACACAGGCUCUACAAACACAGGCUCUACAGACACAGGCUCUACAGACACAGGCUCUACAGGCUCUACGGACACAGGCUCUACAGACACUACAGACACAGGCUCUACAAACACAGGCUCUACAGACACAUGCUCUACAGACACAGGCUCUACAGACACUGGCUCUACAGACACAUGCUCUACAGACACAGGCUCUACAGACACAGGCUCUACAGACACAGGCUCUACCGACACAGGCUCUACCGACACAGGCUCUACAGACACAUGCUCUACAGACACAGGCUCUACAGACACAGGCUCUACAGACACAGGCUCUACAGACACAUGCUCUACAGACACAGGCUCUACCGACACAGGCUCUACCGACACAGGCUCUACAGACACAGGCUCUACAGACACAGGCUCUACCGACACAGGCUCUACAGACACAGGCUCUACAGACUCUACAGACACAGGCUCUACAGACACAGGCUCUACAGACACAGGCUCUACAGACACAGGCUCUACAGACACAGGCUCUACAGACACAGGCUCUGCAGACACAGGCUCUACAGACACAGGCUCUACAGACACAGGCUCUACAGACACAUGCUCUACAGACACAUGCUCUACAGACACAUGCUCUACAGACACAGGCUCUACAGACACAGGCUCUACAGACACAGGCUCUACAGACACAGGCUCUGCAGACACAGGCUCUACAGACACAUGCUCUACAGACACAGGCUCUACAGACACAGGCUCUACAGACACAGGCUCUACAGACACAGGCUCUGCAGACACAGGCUCUACAGACACAGGCUCUACAGACACAGGCUCUACAGACACAGGCUCUGCAGACACAGGCUCUACAGACACAGGCUCUACAGACACAGGCUCUACCGACACAGGCUCUACCGACACAGGCUCUACAGACACAGGCUCUACAGACACAGGCUCUACAGACACAGGCUCUACAGACACAGGCUCUACAGACACAGGCUCUACAGACACAGGCUCUACAGACACAGGCUCUACAGACACAGACUCUACAGACACAGGCUCUACAGACUCUACAGACACAGGCUCUACAGACACAGGCUCUACAGGCUCUACAGACACAGGCUCUACAGACACAGGCUCUACAGACACAGGCUCUACAGACACAGGCUCUACAGACACAGGCUCUACAGACACAUUCUCUACAGACACAGACUCUACAGACACAUGCUCUACAGACACAUGCUCUACAGACACAGGCUCUACAGACACAGGCUCUACAGACACAGGCUCUACAGGCUCUACAGACACAGGCUCUACAGACACAGGCUCUACAGACACAGGCUCUACAGACACAGGCUCUACAGACACAGGCUCUACCGACACAUGCUCUACAGACACAGGCUCUACAGACACAGGCUCUACAGACACAGGCUCUACAGACACAGGCUCUACAGACACAGGCUCUACAGACACAGGCUCUACAGACACAGGCUCUACAGACACAGGCUCUACAGACACAGGCUCUACAGACACAGGCUCUACAGACACAUGCUCUACAGACACAGGCUCUACAGACACAGGCUCUACAGACACAGGCUCUACAGACACAUGCUCUACAGACAAAGGCUCUACAGACACAGGCUCUACAGACACAGGCUCUACAGACACAGGCUCUGCAGACACAGGCUCUGCAGACACAGGCUCUGCAGACACAGGCUCUACAGACACAGGCUCUACAGACACAGGCUCUGCAGACACAGGCUCUACAGACACAGGCUCUACAGACACAGGCUCUACAGACACAGGCUCUGCAGACACAGACUCUACAGACACAGGCUCAGGCUCUACAGACACAGGCUCUGCAGACACAGGCUCUGCAGACACAGGCUCUGCAGACACAGGCUCUACAGACACAUGCUCUACAGACACAGGCUCUACAGACACAGGCUCUACAGGCUCUACAGACACAGGCUCUACAGACACGGGCUCUACAGACACGGGCUCUACAGACACGGGCUCUACAGACACGGGCUCUACAGACACGGGCUCUACAGACACGGGCUCUACCGACACGGGCUCUACCGACACAGGCUCUACCGACACAGGCUCUACAGACACAGGCUCUACAGACACAGGCUCUACAGACACAGGCUCUACAGACACUACAGACACAGGCUCUACCGACACAGGCUCUACCGACACAGGCUCUACAGACACAGGCUCUACAGACACAGGCUCUGCAGACACAGGCUCUGCAGACACAGGCUCUACAGACACAGGCUCUACAGACACAGGCUCUACAGACACAGGCUCUACAGACUCUACAGACACAGGCUCUACAGACACAGGCUCUACAGACACAGGCUCUACAGACACAGACUCUACAGACACAGGCUCUACCGACACAGGCUCUACCGACACAGGCUCUACAGACACAGGCUCUACAGACACAGGCUCUACAGACACAGGCUCUACAGACACAGGCUCUACAGACACAGGCUCUACAGACACAUGCUCUACAGACACAUGCUCUACAGACACAGGCUCUACAGACACAGGCUCUACAGACACAGGCUCUACAGACACAGGCUCUACAGACACAGGCUCUACAGACACAGGCUCUACAGACACAGGCUCUACAGACACUACAGACACAGGCUCUACAGACACAUGCUCUACAGACACAUGCUCUACAGACACAGGCUCUACAGACACAGGCUCUACAGACACAGGCUCUACAGACACAGGCUCUACAGACACAGGCUCUACAGACACAGGCUCUACAGACACAGGCUCUACAGACACAGGCUCUACAGACACAGGCUCUACAGACACAGGCUCUACAGACACGGUUUCUACAGACACGGUUUCUACAGACACGGUUUCUAUAGACACAGGCUCUACAGACACAGGCUCUACAGACACUACAGACACAGGCUCUACAGACACAUGCUCUACAGACACAGGCUCUACAGACACAGGCUCUACAGACACUACAGACACAGGCUCUACAGACACAUGCUCUACAGACACAGGCUCUACAGACACAGGCUCUACAGACACUACAGACACAGGCUCUACAGACACAGGCUCUACAGACACAGGCUCUACAGACACAGGCUCUAG